CGUGUUUCCGGGUUUCAGAAUAAAACGCCUCCAGUCAGAACAAAAAAGUUUGUCUGCGGUGAAGUUUGAGGAGUUUUCAGAGUCUCGGGUGAGUCAAACAACUUCCGGCCGCUGCAGCUGAUCCUUCAGCACGUGAACCCGGUCCACCUUUAGCAGCAUCAGGAUGUCGUCGACGUCUCAGAAACACCGCGACUUUGUCGGGGAGCCGAUGGGAGACAAAUCUGUGUCGGCUCUGUCGGGGAUCGGAGAGAUUCUGGGGAAGAAGCUGGAGCAGCAGGGCUUUGACAAGGCGUACGUGGUUCUGGGUCAGUUCUUGCUGUUGAAGAAAGACACUGAGAUGUUCACCGAGUGGCUGAAAGACGCCAGCGGAGCGAACUCUCGUCAGGCCGGAUCCUGCGCUCAGUGUUUGAAGGAGUGGUGUGACGCCUUUCUCUGAGACUCCGCCUCCUUAGCUGAGACCCCGCCUCUUCUUGUUCUCGCUCAUGUCCUGUUCCUGAAGCUACAGUCAGAGCUAAUAACUGUAAACUUUAAAGUGCCUCUGCUGCUGCGUUCAAUGUUGUCAGGUCAAUCUGUCAGCCUGCUUCCUGUCGGGUCACUGUGACGUCACACUGUGAUGUCACAGUGACCCGACAGGUGUGUGUUUACCUGUUUUUAUCAACUUGUUUCUGUGGGGAAAGUUUACAUGAAAUAAAGCUUUGUGUUCACUGAUGGUGCGUUCAGGGUCUCAUCAACCUUUGAGUUUGGCACACAUUAAAUCAACAUCUGCUGCCGACGAUGUCACAGUUUAUUAGUUUAUUAUUUUAUUAGUGCAGAUAUUUGGAGCAACUCGGUGAGUCGAGUCGACAGCUGUCAGACGUUAAAUCAAACACAGACUCGUCACUUCAGAAACAUUCACGUGUUUAUUGCAGAUUUUGUACCGAACACACAAACAUGUAAAAACAGGAAGUCCUUCAGAGUAGAAAACAAUCAGCCGUCGAUACAAACAGAAGAGAUGAUGAUGAGGUCAGAGACGGGAACCCAGUGACUGUGUUUACUGGUGAAACUGGGACCGAGGAGCAGACAGUGUGUCCUCGCUUCAGAUUCACUCUGUAAAGUUUUAGUGCUUCAGUAAACGUCUCAAACUCAUCACUGUGUUUCCAAAAAGUUUCAAAUGUGAUGUAAAUUUUUAAAGAUUCAAACUGAGAUUCAAACUGAAAAAUAUCUGUUAAAAAUGUCUGUUUCUCUUUCAAAAGGCCUGAGACACAUAUAACCCUAACAUCUAUGAAAAACAAAAAUAUGCUGGAAAAAUUUCGGAAAAAAACUUGAAAAUAAUGUCCAAAAAAAUGUCAGAAAAAAAUGAUAAAAUAGCCAAAAAAUGUAAAAUGUCUGAAAAAAAAAAAAGUUGAUAAAAUAUUUUUGGCACAAACAUUGAGUGUCAGUAGAAAUAUCAUGUGCAGGUCUGAUCCACCUUCAUAAACCUGAUUACAAAGACAUGAAAUAUUCUUUAACAUCUGAAACGUCGCAGCUCGUGAACUUUUGAGUCUCUGCUGAACGAGCCGGAGGUAAAAACUGUCAGUGAUCUUUGAGCAGCGGUGGAACACUCAUCUUUUACUUGAGUACAAGUACAAGCAUCAAAAAGUACUGCAGGUAUCACAUGUAAAAGUCAAAGUACUCAAUUACUAUUAGAGUAUUAACUCAUCGGAGCUUCUCAGUAAACUGAGUCGCUGGAUUUAUCAGAGUGCGUCACGUCUGUUAAACUGAUCAGACGUUAAAUCUCGAUCUGAAAAUGAUCCUUCAGAUGAACGUAGUGCAGCACAAGUUUAUUAAGUAGCAGAAAAUACUUGAGUACAGUACUCGAGUAGAUAUACGCAGUAAUGUUUCACCGCCGCCUGUGAGGUCGAGUGUUUGUGAGUGUUUCCAUGAGGUCACUUCGUUCAGGAACGAGACGAGUCGUCCGUCAGAGCUGAGACAUGAAGCAAAGUGCAGCCGCGUCCACCUGGACGGAGUCUGAGGAGCAGAGCAGCAUCUGAUUGGACGGUCAGAUGUGAUGUCAGAGGGAUGUGGAGCCUGACGGCUGCAGGUGAAGAGCAGGAAGUGAUGAGUCCAUCUGCUAAACGUCUGCAGGACAAAGUCCAGUCUAUAAUUGUCUUCACUUCCUGUGGGACCCUUUCUUAUUGUUAUUAUUAUCUUUAUUAUUUUUAAUUUUCCCGUUUUUAUUUAUUUAUUUUAAUUUAAUUCAUUAAUUAGGUUUUAUUUUUUGGGUCCAGUUUAAGUUGAGCUCCUAACUUUCAGCGUGACAUCACCUGGAACCAGCCAAUAGGAGAGCUGCUUUUCACCAGCAGGUGUCAGGCUCCACAGGUUUGGGGGGGGGGGGGGGGGGGGGGGGCUUGG